AGUCUCGCUCCGCGACCCGCUCGAACGUUCGCUCCGGCCCAGUGGGCGACGGGAAGCGGAGAGGGAGCGCAAAGUCCGCUUACAAAGCCCCUAGAUGAGUCACUCAUAGGGAGUAUGGGGGUCUUCGCUUCUUCUUUUUUUCCUUUUGCCAGAAACUUCAAAGCUAAUGUUAGCGGAUACUUCAGCCAUACCCUUCUCCUACCACUUUAAUGCGGGACCCCUGAUUGGAACUUUUUCCCCCCUCUGCUUCCUUUCUGUUUGCAAAUGCAUUGAUGAGCAGUAGAGAUAAGCACAUGCAGAAACUUCAGAACUGAAGGUUAGGGAGCUAGUCGUUUUUAAAAUGUGUCCUUCCCGCCUCCCUCUUUGGAGUUUUCCUAAAUACUUCGUGAAAUUCCAAACGCGUAGCUUGGGCGCUUGAGACCUUUGGAAAUGCAGAAUCUUCAAAAGAUUAUACUCUCCGCAUCUGGUCCCAUCCCGGUGGAGUUAAUACGGGGAAUUGGAGAAUUCAAAAUUACCCAUUGUGUAAUCUGGCUUGUCCUAUUAAGACAUGUUUCAAAUGUGAGCAUUUUUAUUUUAGGUAAUUAUUGAAAUAAAUGGGCUUACUAAAGUUGGAAAUUCUUAAGAUUUUGCAACUCCUGAACGUCCCACUUUAUCAUCCUUAAUCUGGUAUUGAUUUUAUUGUGCUUUGAUGAGUUUGUUAAGAAAGUGAUGGUCAAAAAAAAAAAAAAAAGAAAGUGAUGGUCAACUUAAGAAUGGAUUGGCAAAGAAGUACGGAACUAGCUGGCAUGAGGGUUGGUGCAAAGACGGUAAAUGCUUUCUUUAGAAAAAGCUUACUUACAAAUGAUCGUUUGACAGUAAAGGACUGAUGAGUUUUAGACGCAGUUUAAACAAUAUUACAUUGGGUGUCUGUAAACUCGAUGGAGGUGGAACAAAGCAAGCCCCUUAUGUGAAGGAGAAACCCAUAGUUCAUCUUUGGGAAGUUAGUUGAAAGAGCCUACAAAAUACUUUUAAAAGCUAUUUGAACUAUUCUUUUCCCAGAUAAAGCUAAUGCCAGCCUAUUAAUUUUUUUCCACCUGAUGAGGAGAUGUGAAAGCUCAUAUUUAAUCCUGGACAUGCAGUGUGUGCUGUGAAAAAUCUUUGAAGAGCUGUAAUUUAAAGCUGAGGACAGUGAAUAAAGAAGGCCCUUCGUAUGGAAAGGUGGAAUAGACAUGCAGUUCUAGUUCUCAGAGAUCCCCACCAGGGAAAUGCAGAGUUAAACUCUGUGUCUGGGAGCACCAUGUUGUAUUUAUAUCUUUAAGCAAGUUUUAAUAACCUGCCUGCUUACCAGAUAACACGGUGGGAAGUGAAAGUGUAGCUCUUAAAAUAUGUGAUGGGUGAUUCGUACAGGACAUUAGAGAGAUGACUCACCGAUGCUAAUUUGUUUCAGUACAGAAUCUUUUACCCUCUAGCAAUGGAGAUUUCAUGGUUCCACAUCCUACCACCCUGAGUGUUGAAAUAACAUUUCUGGUUUUGUUGUUGUUGUUUGAUUGGUUCCUUGGUUUUGCUUUAGUAAGUUAGUUAGUUUGUUAGUUAGUUUGUUUGUUUGCCAGUCCCAGAGAAAGGAAAUCUUGGGCAGGGUGAGAGCUGUGUACUUGCGUUAGAACAUGAAAUUUAAACUUUGAUGUGAUGAUGCUAGUCAAAUAAAAGCUUACUGAGAACAUAUAUUUGAGAAAUAAAUCCCCUCACUGAAAGGCAGGCCAUGGUUGUUAUUCAGCUAUCCCUCAGAGAACAAGUUGAGGAAAAUUGGCUUUCUUAGCCAGUGGGGAAGUGUGGGCUCCCAGCAGUCUUCAGAGACUGAUUAUUCUAGUGGUUCUAUAGGAUUUUACUCAAGACACGGGGACCUGGGGUGGCCCUCUGAGUGAGCUCCAACAAUGCUGUAAACCAGUUUGUACCGCACAAACAUCUGAAUUGGUGAAUGACAGGAAUUUCUUUUAGUAUUCCAUCCUACCAAUGGUUGUUUAGAAUUGAAAAAUAGCUCAAAUGUUAUAAGUUUGAACUUUGUCCAGAAGAUUUGCAUUCCGCGGGGUCUGAUCUGUUAGCCUUUGAAACUGUAUAUCCUGAGCUAGCUUCAGCUCUUAACUGUUUGCAGUCUGUAUGGAAACUUGGGCAUCCUGCCUAGCUCGAGAAAGAGUAAGCUCAGAGGCCAAAUUCUGCUAUCACCUGAGUGGAUGGACCCCACAUUCUCAGAGCUGCACAAAUUAAAUGGGACUGAGCUGUAAUUCAGUAACCGGCCCACGAAGCAUCCCAUCACCAACAGCAGGCAGCGCAGAACAGCUUGCUGCCCCUCCUGAGUUCUGCUGUGGAGCCCCCUGAUCAGAAACCGUUGCUUCCAAUACCAAUUACUCAGAAACCUCAGGCUGCACCAGAAACAUUAAAGGAUGCCAUUGGGAUUAAAAAAGAAAAACCCAAAACUUCGUUUGUGUGCACUUACUGCAGUAAAGCAUUCAGGGACAGCUAUCACCUGAGGCGCCAUCAGUCCUGCCACACAGGGAUCAAGUUGGUGUCUCGGGCAAAGAAAACCCCCACCACGGUGGUUCCCCUUAUCUCCACCAUUGCUGGGGACAGCAGCCGAACUUCGUUGGUUUCAACUAUUGCAGGCAUCUUGUCAACAGUCACUACAUCUUCCUCGGGCACCAACCCCAGCAGCAGCGCUAGUACCACAUCAAUGCCUGUGCCCCAGUCUGUCAAGAAACCCAGUAAGCCUGUCAAGAAGAACCACGCCUGUGAGAUGUGUGGGAAGGCCUUCCGGGAUGUGUACCACCUCAAUCGGCACAAGCUCUCCCAUUCGGACGAAAAGCCCUUUGAGUGUCCUAUUUGUAAUCAGCGCUUCAAGAGGAAGGACCGGAUGACUUACCAUGUGAGGUCUCAUGAAGGAGGCAUCACCAAACCCUAUACUUGCAGUGUUUGUGGGAAAGGCUUCUCAAGGCCUGACCACCUAAGCUGUCAUGUAAAACAUGUGCAUUCAACAGAAAGACCCUUCAAAUGCCAAACGUGCACUGCUGCCUUUGCCACCAAAGACAGACUACGGACACACAUGGUGCGCCACGAAGGCAAGGUAUCAUGUAACAUCUGUGGGAAGCUCUUGAGUGCAGCAUAUAUCACCAGCCACUUAAAGACACAUGGGCAGAGCCAAAGUAUCAACUGUAACACGUGCAAACAAGGCAUCAGCAAAACGUGCAUGAGUGAGGAGACCAGCAAUCAGAAGCAGCAGCAGCAGCAGCAGCAACAGCAGCAGCAGCAACAACAACAACAUGUGACAAGCUGGCCAGGGAAGCAGGUAGAGACACUGAGACUGUGGGAAGAAGCUGUCAAAGCAAGAAAGAAAGUACCAAAAGUUUGAUCCUCUAGAGUGAAAAGAAGACUGGAGGGGAGGCAGGGAAGUGGCACCCAAGACAGAAACGCCUUCCUUUGAGCAGAGAUGAGAAGAACCCCAGCAUGGCACCAUCACCCAGGAAGCAGAAAGCGCGUGGGCCUUCUCCCAUCCCCACUCAUGCACGCUUGUGUUCCUGUUGCAUUUCACUCGGUUCUGUUUGCUCUGCACAAUAAGACUUGUUCAGCUCAUCUUCUGACCUGCAUUAAACAGAAUGCUAUUGUGUUCCUGUUUGUAGCCGGGGUUGCUCUUUGUUAGUAAUACCACAUUUUGGGAGAGAGGAGACUGCUAUAUUGAAAAGCUAAUGAAAAUCUAAACAUGAAUCAAAAAGGUCACUUUUUUGUUUGUUUUUGUUUUUUUUGAGACAGGGUCUCACUGUACAGCCCUAGUUGUACUGGAACUCCCUAUAUACACUAGACUGGCCUCAAAUCCAGAGAGCCACACCUAGCCAGAAGUGUCCUUUAAAUAUUAUACCUGAAUAAAUUUUAAAUUCCCCAACCUGGAUAAAAAUCAGAUAAUCAUUGAGGAAACUUUAACUUUAUAAAUUUCCCAGGCUCCAUUUCAGUUUCUCUAUUGAAUAUCCCAGCAAUCUAUUUUUUUUUAAAUGAGCCUCUCUAACUGGUUUCUAUCAUUAGUCUUAUGUGGCAACUCCUAGUGUGUACUGUGAAGCAUAAGAUAAGGUCACACCAGUCAAUGAAGGGCUGCUCAUUGGCAUGGGGUGGUUUGACCCUGUGCACACCUCUAGCUGUAGAUUUGAAUAGGUGUCCAUUUUAUGGCAUAUUGAUAGGUGGUACUGAGUUUUCUUGGGGGGUGAGAUGGACUGUCACCUUCUAGGAUUUUUUAAAAUUAAGAUUUACUAUGUAUGUGUAUGGAUGUCUUGCCUGAAUGUAUGGCUAUGUACCAUGUGCAUGCCUGGUGCCGACAGAAACCAGAAUAGGCUACAGAUCCUCUGAUAUUGGAGUUACAGAUUGUUCUGAGCCACCAUGUAGGUGCUGGGAGAACCAAGGUUGCCUGCAGGAGUAACGUGUGCUGAGCCAGGUCUCCAGCCUGUUCUUUUAAAGAACUAUUCAGGCAUUGCUGGGUAACAAGGACUGGGGUUCCUCAGCAUGCCACAGGACUUCCUUGCUUUACUUAGUCCAACUUGGUAUGCAUAGUGGUGUGUGUGAUGUGUACAGUUAAAUGAUACUGGGCAUGAAAUAGAUAAUUCUGUCAGCUUUAUAAAGAAAAGGAAGUGGGGUGUGCAGGAAAGAAGACAAAGGCUUUUCCCUUAACAUAAGAAUAAGAAGCUUUAUAAGUUAGGCGAGGUGGUGCACGCCUUUACUCCCAGCACUGGGGAGGCAGAGGCAUGUAGAAGAUCUCUGUGGGUUUGAAACCAGCCUGGUCUGCAUAGCCAGUUCCAGGCCAGCAAAGACUACAGAGUGAGACCCUGUCUGAAAAGAAAAGGAACAUUACACACUACACUAUUUAACUUACACUCACUGAAAUAACAGUGUUCACCGUGGCUUUCCAUCUAAGAAGUCCUAAGCAUGCUGUGUGCAUGAACAGGCCUCCGCUAGGUACAGUGUGCCUUCUAAGAGAUCACUGCACAGCUCUGAUAGACAGGCUCUGUCCCACUGGCCUGCUGGUGGUGGACUCUUCCCAGGAAAGGCUCUAGAACUCAGAACUGCAUGAAGGAGUGAGGACUUUUAGCCCUACUUAAAAUCUCUGCUCUCAGAAUACCUCGCAGAAGUUAACUGAUCCUCUCAGCAUCUCUGUGAGGUAGGUAAGUAAAUCUGAACUGAAGUCAAGAGUUGAGGGCUAACCAGGUUGCUCAGGUCUUCCCAGGCACCAGAGAAGAGAUCCAUGUCCUGGGCCCGCCCAGGAUGUGCUCACGAGGUCCUCGCUUCGUAUUUGAUCACUUGGUAGAAACUGGAAUUUGAUUUAUUAAAUGUUCUUUUUACUUAAGAGAAAUUAGUUCAGAAGCUGAAUUUUGCCUAUAGUUUUGAGAGUCUAAAGUCCCCCUUUUGUCUUCUCCUUUUAGAAGCUGCCAACCUGUGCCAAACCUCCACGGCUGCUACGACACCAGUGACUCUCACUACUCCAUUCAAUAUAACGUCCUCUGUGUCGUCUGGGACUAUGUCAAACCCAGUCACAGUGGCAGCUGCAAUGAGCAUGAGAAGUCCAGUAAAUGUCUCAAGUGCAGUUAAUAUAACCAGCCCAAUGAACAUAGGGCAUCCCGUAACCAUAACCAGCCCCUUAGCCAUGACCUCACCUUUAACACUCACCACCCCAGUCAACCUCCCCACCCCUGUGACCGCCCCAGUGAAUAUAGCACACCCUGUCACCAUCACAUCUCCAAUGAACCUGCCCACUCCUAUGACAUUAGCUGCCCCUCUCAAUAUAGCAAUGAGGCCUGUAGAAAGUAUGCCUUUCUUGCCCCAAGCUUUGCCUACGUCACCGCCUUGGUAAACAGUAUUAUAAAGUCAAAAUUGGGUUAAAGUAAAUAUUUACCAGCAACUUAACCUUAGUUGAUUAAAGCAAAAAGCAGACUAUGAAAUUGGGAGGUUUUAUUAUGUUAGUUAAUAAGAGUGUAGUAGCUCCAAUUUUGCUGGGGUUGUUCAAAGUAGGGUAUAUGUGUAACUUAUCACUGGACCACUUUAGUUUACUCAGAAACCCCUUUAGCUGACACCAUUGCUUAAACAGGAUAGUAGCUGGCAAGACGAAAUGCCAGAAUUAAAACCAAUCAUAAAACCCAUUUCAAAAUAAAAAAGCAUUAUUUGUUUUUAUUAUUAUUUUUAAUACAACAGAAUCAUUUUAUUGUAAACACUAGCAGAGUUCUUCCCUCUGUACAAGGUGGACGGUUUUAACCUGGAGCUCAAGCCCACAGACUGAGAGCUAGUGUAGCAUUGUCUGUGGUUUUGCUCGUAUGAGUGAACAGAGGCAUUGUCAUAAUAAAAUGCAUUUCAGAGAAUAUGCAUUUUACCUUUGGGAAUAUGUUAAUUUCAGGCAGCAUUCCCUAUGGGAAAGGUGAUACCAGCUCUGAUAUGCAAAGCAUAUGAUAAUUUAUCAUUCUAACUUCAACAUAUAAUAGGGAUUGUGACCUGAUAUUUGGAGAUGUAAAUAUUGCUCAGCAUAUUAAUCCUGAUGGAAUAUAGCAUUGUAGUUGACUUUUUAAAAAAAAAAAACAAAAACUUAAAAAAAAACAACAACAAUAAAUUGUGUUUUGAUGAGAAAAGGCUGCAGCUGACUGAGGAGAAGUCAGGUGUGCACGAAGCAGGCUCCUAACGGGUCAGGGGAUCCUGUUCAGGAGGAGUGAGAACUUCGGAAGAGUUUAAAUCUAUUGCUUUAAAUUGGAAGACAUUGGAGGCACUGGGAUGUGAUAUGCCUCUCUCUCUCCCAAUCAACGUCUGUUGAUGUUACAACAGGCACAGAUGUGUUAGAUGCUCACUAGAGUUUAUGUCUUAUAUUAAAUUGUAUACAGUUUUUAUUCUAACCACUAACUAGGUAGUAUGCCCCUUCAGAACAAGCAGAGUGUAUCUUUUCCCCCUCCUUCUGUUUAAUCAAGUAUUGUGCAGAUUUGUUCAACUUUGUAAAUAUGGACAUCACUUUUUUUUUUCCUUUGGAAAAAAAAAAACAACAACAAGCCCUUGUAUCCGCUUUCUGGAGUUUCCAGGGAGGCAGCUGUCUGCAUGCUCCGUGGAAGCCCUGCAGUGAGUGUGCACGCUGAGACUGUGCUUUUUGUUUCUUAGCGGGAAGCUUUAUCCCUGUACAUACAGUAGAAACCAGAAGCUAGGGAAACAGAGACUCUAUGCCAUCACGCCACACUUCAUGUUUUCAAAGCAUCAUGUUAGAGAACAGUUUGUUCAAACCAAGAGGUUGUAAUUGUUUUUUACAUUGCAAUAUGUUUUGGGUCUUUUUCAUUUUUAAUCAUGCAGUUAAGAGAUAUGGGAAUGAGUUUUAGCCCUGCAGAAUGCAUGCAGGACUGUCACAGAAGAUGACUUCCGUUUGUUUAUACCCCACUGUGUCAGUACAAACAUCAAAAUACCAUACGUCUGAGGCAGACUUCCUACAUCAGGGACAGGUAUCUGUGUGUCAUUAUACAAAACAGUUCUAGGGGGAUGAACUACAUAGUAAAAAAAAAUUAAAAUAAAUAGUACCUAGUGUAAAAUAAUUUUAUAAAUGAUCUUUUGUACUUUAGGACAUUAAAUUGUACAACUUUUGUAUAUAAAAAGCUUAGGAACUUUCUGUUUAGCAGGAAGGCAACACAUUCCUACACUUUUAAUGUAUAUGUUUGUUAUAAUGUCCAUGUAAACAUGCCCUAUGUUUGUGCCUUUUAAUUAGUUUGUCUCAAUAAACAAAAUGUAGAGAAAAAUAUGUAGCUAUGACUUUGUUACAACAGUUCUUCUCCACAGUGGAAAAAUGGUUUGUUUUUAAGUGUAGACCAUUAUGUGUGAGCUCCAGCAAGGGCUCAUGGGGGAAGGCCUAGGAAUGGCACUGCGGAGACCCGGGAGGGCAGCGGUCACAUGUGGAGGAAACCUUCAUUUCCUGGCAUGUGCUCUGCUCGUCGGGCCUUGUCAUCUCUGUUGUGCUGGCAGUCAUGGUCCUUAUGGUCAGAUAACCCAGGCUUCCUCUACAGUGGCCAAGGAGCAGUCCUCAAAGUGGGCAGGUGUGGGUCCUUCCCCCAGGCUACAGCGUGGUCAUGAGAUCCUGAAAGUAUUAGUUCUUACAGAAAGAAAAAAAAAAGGAUAUAUACUAGAAAUGGUUGUUUUAUCAAUUCAUUGUAAACAGGAGUGAGACUUCAUUGUAUGACUUCAGUUAAAAUGCUAUUUUGUAUGCAUACUUUAUUCACUUAAGAAGCUUGUCUGCAAUAAUAAAGCCACGUUGUGUCUUCUUUGGGGAGGGAGAGAGUUGAGGCAGGAUGGGUGAGGGUAGGGCAGAGGGGGCACAGAUAGGCCGUGUGGUGAAAUCCUCCCGUGGCCCGGACCUGAAACUGAGUUGUGAUGCUGAUGCUGAGCUGAUUCGCCCGUGUGUCGAAUGCACCAACGGCCACCGUUCUACAGAAAGGCAGAGUAUGGUUUCCCUCCUGGUUGUAACCUGGUGGAGAGCUUUCCCUUAUCAGAUUGGCAGCUAAACAGUUGUAUUAGAUAAUCUUCAAAUCUGACAUCCAGCCUGUUAUGCUUGCUCUAGGGCUCGCUGCUUGGCCUGCAUCUCCCUUCUCCUGUGUAUUCAUUUCCCUCCUAAGGUGUGCUCCUAAAUGAAGGUUUCUAUGUACGCGGAUGAUGAUUUACCUGUCAAUACCAGCACUGUAUUACUAACAUGCAAAAUACUGCAGAUUUAUUUUGACAAAUUAAAGUUAACCAGUCACAACUGUUA